AUGCCUAUGGUCCUGUCUCCGCCUUCCUCCCAUCUCCUAGACUCAAGUAUCUACGUUGCGCUUUUCAUACUCACUUGCUACGACUUGGUGGUUUUGGUCGUCGGAAGACCUGCCGUGGUGAUGUUUCAGCGCCUCCGCGACGCCAUCGACUCUCGAAUUGCCGAGGAACAGGCGCGCCAAAAAACCGCUCAAGACAAUCUCUCUCGAUCGGGUUCCACACGCCGUCCACUCAAUAACAAUUCCUCCCCAGGUCGAACUUCUCGGCCCCGCCGCAAUACAGGAACCCCUGUCCGAGGACCAGACCCUAAGGAAUUCGAGGCAGAGUUUGCGACUGGAGAAGAUGAUGAUUCGAGCCGUGCAGCGACGCCUCGCUUAGAGACCCCGGACGACCCCUCCGAGAAAGAAGCAAAGCCGUCUGAGACAGAGCCCAACGAUGGUGAUAACGAGAAGGGCAAGGCCAAGGCGCCUACUGCUGAGAGCGCUGGUAAAGACAGUGCUUCAAAGUCCACGGGGGAGAAGGGCUCCUUAGUCUCAGAAAAGCCCGAGCUGCCUGUGGAGGUCAAAGCAAAGCUUCGAAGGCUGGAUAAGCUUGAAGUCCGCUAUAAUGAGUUGCUGAAGGCGUAUCGUUCCGCGCAUGCGCGCGUCCUUUCCAUCGAGCCAUUCGAGGCGGCACUACGAGAGAACACACCCCUGACCUCCAUCGCCGAACCCAAAGCGCUUACGGAGUAUCUGAACCAAAUGUCUUUAAAGAGUGACAUGGUGAUCGAUGAGUUGAAACGAGUAACAACCGACCGUGAUGACUACAAGAAGAAGAUGGAGGAAGCUAAACAGGAAACGAAAGCCGCCCACGAUGAGUUGGCUGGUUUAAAGAAUCAGAAGGCCGCAUCAGCCCAGGAGACUCCUCAAGGAUCAGGCAAGAAGGAGGGAGAAGCCAGCGAGGAAUUCUUUUCUUUCGACAACGAGGUCCCACGAUUGGAGGAAGAACUGAAGGAGAAGCAAGGGGAGGUGGACGCACUCAAGACCGAGGUGGAUAAUCUCAAGAAAGACCUCUCCGUGGCGCGAGAGUCCACGGAGGGAAUGGUUCAGAGCCUUGAGACAUCCACCAGAGAGCUUCUUGAAUUGCGCGACAGUAAGGAUAAGCUGGACGCAGAAGUCGAGGCAUUGAGGUCUUCCAAGGAGAAGGAGGCGGGAGAGCUCAAGGCGCAGCUCGCCGAUACCGAAUCAGCCCUGCAGGUAGCUACCGCCGAGGUCGAAAAACUAAAGACUGAGUUGCAGGGAAAGACCGCCGAGAUUGAACGAAUGCAGGCCGAGGCUAGCGAGGCAGAGAAAGCAGAGAAGUCCGAGCUGGACCCGACCCUACUCGCCCAGUUGGAAGAAGCUAAGAAGGCCAAGGAUGCUACGGACAAGCGACUUGAUGUAGUACAGAGCCUGGUUGACACCUUCAAAUCCCAGCUCAAGGAAGCUGAGUCGCAAGUGUCGAGCCUCAAAAACGAGGUUGACCAGAAGGCAGGAGAGGCAUCCAAGCUUCAGCAGCUCGUGGAUUUCAUCGACGGUGGUUUGGAUGGCAAUUCAGUGUGGCAUCAAGCGAAGAAAGACAUCGAGACGGGCAAAGAGGCCAACUUUGAGGAGAUCCGCAAGAGCCUCGUCCCCGUCGAGAAGCCCACAGAUUCUGUCUCGACUCCGUCGAUUGCGGAACCGGAAGUGCAGGCUCCAGCUGGCGGAGGUGCCGGUGCCGGUGUCGGUGCAGGUGGGAAGAAGAAGAACAAAAAGAAGAAGAAGGGUGGUAAACCUGCGGAAGAAGAGCCGAAACCCAAGGAGACAUCCGUGACCGAGAUUUCACCUCCGGCAGCCGACGCUGGGGUUGUCGACGAUCUAAAGAAAAAGAUUGAGACACUUACUGAGCAGCUGGCUGCGAAGGAAGCAGCUAUUGAUCGUCUUAGCACAAAAUUGAAGGGCGAAGAGGAUCUGAAGGAAGAGAUUGAGUCGCUGCGUGACGAUCUCAUCAACGUCGGACAGGAGCAUGUUGAGGCGAAAGACAAAAUCAAGGCGCUCACCGCAGAGAAAUCUGCUUUGCAGGAGACCAUCACGAAGCUGGAGGCGGAACUAGCGGAGGUCCGCACGAGCACCGCAUCCACCUCGGCUGAUUCACAAAAAUUGCACGACGAUCUAAAGGCGGAAUUCGAGCGUCUCAAGUCGCGUUCGGCUUCAUUGGAAACCGACUUGUCGGCGGCUCAGCAACUUGCCGCAACCCGAUUCAAGGACCUCACGGAUUUGCGAGAGACUCUAGAGAAAGUUCAACCUGAACUGCGGAGCCUGCGAGCGGAAUCAUCAGAGCUGAAGACAUUGAAAGACACCCUUGCCAGCAAAAAUGGCGAGCUAAGAAAGCUUGAAACCAAUUGCGAUGAAUUGCGUGCUGACCUCAAGGUCAUCAAAACGAAGGUUUCGGAGCGAGACUCCGAAGUCAGCACCUUGAAUAAGAAGAUCCGCCAAGAAACGGAUAGCCGCCUCAAGGCCGAGGAGGCACUGACGGUUGCUCAGUCUGAGUUGCGUUCAUCGGAAGCUCGGAAACAGGAGGCCAUCAGCUCGCGAGACAAGACUGCUGGAGAGUUGAGCAAGGCGCAGGAGGGCCUGAAGAGUUCGCGAAUGAGGGUCAGAGAGUUGGAAGAGCAAAUCUCUCAGCUGAGUAAGGAGAUUGGAGGACUCAAGGAAGAGAUUCAACUGAAGACUGCUCAACAUGCCAGUGCGCAGAGCCUGAUUGGUAGCAUGCGUGAUCAGACAGCCGAAGUGGCUACCCAGAUGAAGGAAGUGAGAGAUCGAUGCGAAAACUUGGAGGAGGAGCUGGCGGAUGCUCACCGGCUGCUCAAUGAGCGAACCCGGGAGGGGGAGACCAUGCGUCGACUGAUCAACGACAUUGAGACUCGGUCCGAGGCGAAGGUCCGUGAUUUCAAGGAGCGGAUGGAAGCAGCUGUGGAAGAGCGCGAUCGCGCCGAAGAUGAAGCCAGUACUCAGGCCCGUCGUCGUGCUCGAGAGAUGGAAGAUCUGAAAGCCAAGGUUCGUGAAGCCGAACGUGCCCUGCGAACGGCCGAAGAGGACCGAGAAAGUCUCGAGCAGUCUCAGAAGGACUGGCGCCGUCGGCGUGAUGAGCUCGAAUCUGAAUCGGAGCGGUCCGCUCAGGAGCUUGAAGAAGUGCGCCAAGCGAUGGCUUCUCUUCGAGAACAGCUCGACGAGAGCGAAAAGCAAGUGCGUGACUUGGAAAAGGAAAAGAUGGAGCUGCGUCGCUCCGUUGAGGAGACCAGCAAUCGCCUGGAGAAGCUGCGUCGAUCGCAUAAGACUCUAGGCGAGGACAUCCGGUUGCGUGGCAUGGAGUCAGGUCGACAAUCUUCUCGAUCCUCGAUGGAGUCAAAUUCUCGCCGACCCAGCGGUGUCCUCUCGCCUGUCGCGCCCGACCGCAGCACGUCCAGCCGCAGGAGCGAGACUCCAUCCAGUGCUGGGCCGGGGCCUGGUUCCAUUGACUACAUGUACUUGAAGAAUGUACUGCUCCAGUUCAUGGAGCAGAAAGACAAGAACUACCAGAAGCAGUUAGUUCCCGUGCUGGGGAUGCUGCUUCAUUUCGACCGAAACGAUGAACAAAAAUGGAUGUCGGCGAUCAUGUCUCGCUAG